AUGACAUUCUUGAUUACUGUAACUUUUAACAUUAACUUCAGACGGUCUCUGACUGGUCCGGCGGACGCCGGUGAUGGCGUAGCAGCAUCGAAAACAGGUAAGACGUUAAUAGGAGACCAGCUUCUGGUAACACCAGGAAGAAACCCAAGUGACAUUCCGGCAACUGCUUAUGCGCCACAGGUGGGCCUGCACGAGAAGGAAAAGAGGAGAUUUUGGGGAGUUUUGGAUGAGGUGGUUAGUAAUGUUCCUAGCUCGGAGAAGUUUUUCUUAGGAGGGGACUUCAAUGGGCACAUCGAGGCUUUACCGGUAGGUUAUGAGGAGGUGCACGGUAGCUUUGUCUUUGGGGAUAGGAACGAUGCAUGA